AUGGAGAUCAAAGUCGGUAGCCCAAUUAGAAUAGAAGAUGCAUUUUAUGUACCUGAAGAAUUGUAUCGUCAGUACAAAGAGAUGAAUAUAUCGAGUAUAUUUUCUUGGCAAGCUGAAUGCCUUAACUUACCUGGUGUGCUUGAUGGUCAUAAGAAUCUUGUCUAUUCAGCUCCUACAAGCGCUGGGAAAACUCUUGUUGCUGAAAUUAUUGUAUUAAAGCGCAUUUUAGAAUCUGCACUUAAAGCGUUUAUCAUUUUACCUUAUGUCUCUGUCUCAAGAGAGAAAAUGAUAUACCUACAAAAACUUUUUAACAAUUUGGGCAUUCGUGUUGGAGGUUAUAUGGCUGGCCAUAGUCCACCUGGAGGAUUAUCUGCUAUCAAUGUAGCUGUUUGUACGAUUGAAAAAGCGAAUAGCUUAGUUAACAGAUUAAUUGAAGAAGAACGUUUGGAUGAAUUAGGUAUUGUUGUCGUCGAUGAACUACAUCUUAUCGGUGACACUCAUCGUGGUUACUUAUUGGAGUUGUUGUUGACAAAAUUACUUUUUUAUUCACGUCGUACAUCGAAUUUCAAACAUACAAAUGAAAUUAAGAUUUUAGAAAACUCUCAAAGUUCAUUAAAUAAAUGUUGUGAUUCUAAAGCCUAUGGUAUCCAAAUUGUUGGUAUGAGUGCUACAUUGCCUAAUCUUAAAUCGCUUGGACAGUGGUUAAAUGCUGAAGUUUAUAUUACAAAUUUUCGUCCUGUUCCACUAACUGAAUUCAUAUUGUCUUGUGAUUUACGUUCGAAAACAAAUCAGUUUUAUAAAAUUGUCACAUCUGCUAGUAAAGAUGAUAGCUCUACUCAACAACUGUUGUCGGAAUGUUUAGAGCCUGCUGAUAAUUUACCUUUGGAUCCUCAAUUAACUUCUGAUACUGAACUAAAUAUGAUCGAUGAAGAUGGUGUGUUUGCUUUGUGCUUUGAUACACUUUUGAAUGGACAUGGUGUGUUAGUAUUUUGUCCAACUAAACAAUGGUGUGAACAAUUAGCGGAUACAAUGGCUCGUCAAAUUUUCAUUCUCACACAAUCAUACUUCUCAGCUUCACAUCAAAGCGACCAUAAUCCAUCUGAUGCGAAUAUCGGAAAUUUGACUUACAAAAAUUCAGAUGAUCAUUCAGUACAAUCAAAUAUUGGAACGCGUUUAGCAUUACAGUUGGAUCGGGUUGGUCUUGUCACUUGUGUAGAGCAAUUAAAACGAUGUCCAGCUGGUCUUGAUACAAUUUUAGCCAGAUGUUUAGGUUAUGGUGUGGCUUUUCAUCAUGCAGGUCUUACAGUCGAAGAACGUGAGAUUAUUGAAUUUGGAUUUCGUAAAGGACUUAUUCGUAUUUUAAUUGCUACUUCUACAUUAAGCUCUGGAGUAAAUCUACCUGCUCGUCGUGUUAUCAUUCGAACACCAUUAUUUCAUGGAAAAGUUUUAGAUUUUCUCACUUAUAAACAAAUGUCUGGUCGAGCAGGUCGUCAAGGUGUAGAUACUAGUGGUCAAAGUAUUCUAUUAUGUAAAUCAAAAGAUCUGGGACGUGUUCGUCAACUGAUAAUGAACGGUAUGCCACCUGUGAAUUCAUGUUUGAUGGGUGACGGAGGUAGCCCUGAAUCUAGUCUAAAACGUGCUCUGCUCGAGGUCAUCGUAAAUGGAUUUGUAGAAACAUUAGCUGAUGCUUUACUGUACUUGUCUAGUACAUUAUUGGCAACAACUGUUACCUGGGAAAAAUUAAACGAAUUUAAUAAUUCUCAAUCACCUUCCACUAAAAAAAAUCGACGACGUUCUCUUCGUUUGUCUCAACCUAAAACUUAUUCUGAAAAUGAAAUUAAUGAUGAUGAUGAUGAUGAUAAUGAAAACAAUAAUAAUAAUCGAUUCACAGUUCAGAUGAAACGCUUAUUGUUCACAUGUAUUAAAGACUUACAAAAGCAUGAAUUUAUCUAUAUUGAUCAGUCUACUUGCCUAAAUUUGUCUAAAAAUGUUAUAAAUACGUCGUUUACUGAUUCUCAAUCAUUAGAGCUUUCACUAAAUGGUGCUCGUCUCCAACCAACAGCUCUGGGGAGAGCAGUACUGUCUUCUUCUUUAGGUCCAGUUCAUGGAUUAAUUGUUUAUGAAGAAUUGGAUCGUGCACGCCGAUCAAUUGCACUUGAUACUGAAUUACAUCUUGUUUACUUAUUAACUCCUGUCUACUUAGACGUCGGUGCUGAUCUAGAUUGGUUAUGCUAUUUAGAACAAUACCAAAGUUUAUCUUCUUCAGAGCGUCGAGUCGCUGAUCUGAUUGGUAUUGAAGAACGUUUUAUCACUAGGUGUGCAGCUGGAGCACCUUCAUCUGCUGCUAGUUGCCACGGUAACACUAAUGUGGUUAAUCGACGUUUAAACCUACAUAGACGCUUCUACACAGCAUUAGUACUGUAUCGUCUAGUCAACGAAGAUGGCUUGCAAAUUGUUGCGAAGAAAUUCGGUGUUAAUCGUGGUCUUCUGCAGAGUUUGCAACAACAAUCUGCUACUUAUGCGGGUAUGGUUACUAUAUUUUGUAAUCGUCUUGGCUGGAACCAUAUGGAACGAGUAAUAGCUAAUUUUCAAUCACGUCUGUGCUAUGGUGUCUCGGAUGAACUUGUCGACUUAAUACGUCUAUUACCUUUGGUUAACGCCGAACGUGCUCGUGCACUAUAUGCAGGUGGUUACAGCUCUGUUUCUUCAUUAGCUUCUGCACGGCCUCAAGAGAUUUCAAGAAUUAUACAACGUGCAAUUCCUUUUGAACGCAAAAAUAAUCAUGAAGUGUGUGUUGUAAAACCAUCUGGUGGUUGUACAAUCCUUCUAGAUGAUGGCCGUGUAAUUAAUGAACACGAAGCUGGCCCUUUAAUAGUUCAACAAGCUAAACUCUUAUUGGAGAUAGACUUGACUUCUGUAUAUGGCAAAGACUUAAUUAUUAUACCAAAGAAUCAUGAGUCAGAAAAUUCCAUGAAACCUGUAAAGUCUAUGAUUGAGAAUGUCAAUGAUUGUGAUAAUAUGAACAAAAAUGAUAUAGUAGACAGUCAAAAUAAUCAAUUAAUGACACCAAAUCUCAGUUAUAAUUCAUUACAUGAUCUGAAUCUAACCAGAGGCUGUAAAUAUUUUAUGGACAAAGAUAAAAAUCAGGAAAUUCUUAACGUAAAAGUAGAAGAAGUUGAAGUUAAACGAUUGAAAUUGUCCUUAGAUAAUGACACAACAAUCCAAACAUCAUCCAUGUCAGCAGCAAGAACUUUGGCUCUCAUUAACAACGAUGAUCACAAAAAUCCUAAUGUCGAUCAUGAAUUUUAUUCAGUAAACAAGGAAAAUUAUUCUAGUGACAACAAUAAAACUGAUUAUGAAAAUAGUAUUAGUAUUACGUCCAAUUCACAUAUUCCUGUUUCAAAAUUUGAUAGUUCCGUAAAUCGCCAUGGUAAAACUGUAAUAGAUUUUGAAAAUUUUACACAAUCUAGCCAGCCAUUUAUAUUAACUAGUCAACUAGCUGCUAUCAUAGAUGAUGAUCAAGUCGUGUUGACUAAUAAACUACCUUCAUCGUCAGAGACAUCUACUUCCAGAUUCAAUGUCAAAUCAAAUCUAUUGCAUUCACCCAUUUCAUGUGAAUCUUCAAGCAUACCAUUUUCAACUACCACAACUCCGUCAUCAUUAUCUGUUAGUAAUAAGACCUGUGAAUUCAAUGAUACACUUACAUAUUCAAUGUUUGAAAGUUCAUUUACAGUAUCUAAUAAUACAUCGAUCACCACCAUUAUCAAUACUAAUGAUAAUAUUAAUGGUCCCAUUUGUGAUAUAAUGACAACUGAAACAUUAACAGAACAAUAUGACGAUUCACAAACUUUAAACAAUUUAAUGAUGUCUCAGAUUAAUUUCGAUACUGACAUUGGUAAAAAGCAAGAAUUAUCCAUCUCUCAUCAACAAUCUCAAUCAAAUCUAUCCAAAGCAUCUAUCAAUCCAAAUGAAUCGUUUUUGAACAUGGAAAGAAAAAGUAUUGGAGAUUUGUUCAGUGCUUCUUUUACACACGAUUCAUCAACUAAUGAAGUACAAUUGAAACAGGAAUCGUCAGACUAUCAGCAUAUGUACUCAAUUAAGACUGCAGAAUGUAAAACAGAUACGGAUCCACCUUCGGCUGAUGAUAAUCUUAUUGCGGAUUCACUCGAAAAUGGUGUUGAUAAUGAUAAUGACAGAGAUGAUAUAUUCUCUGUUAUUAAUGUAACACAAAAUUACACAUUAUGGAAAACAUUUCUUACUGAAUUGAAUGAUCAUAUUGAAGGAUUGAAAAGUUCUAAUCAAUCUCACUUAAAUUAUAUAGCAAUUCAACCUGGUUGGCUUUUAAACACAAACUCUGAUAGUAAUAAUGAUAAUGAUUUUAGAUCGUCUAGUGAAUCUUUAUGUUGGAAAUCUGGUCCUGCUGGGCAGCCAACUGUUGGUGGUGGGAAAAAUAUCUGCACAAAUUAUGAUUUGUACUUAAGUGGAUUAGCGAUUUCUUCGGUACUUUUGAUGAAAAAUGCUGUAUUUUGGAUCCAUUUUCUUACAGAAAGUGAUCAAAGCUCUCUAUUAAGUGAGGCCCAAAAAUUAAAUCCACAUGUUGUUGAUAGUAUACUAACUAAAGUCGCAUCAUCUGAAUAUUUAGAGCCUCCAAUCCAGUUUUCAGAUUGGUCAAAAAUACCCAGGUUAGAAUCAUCUGGCAAAUGUCCUCCACCAAGAAGUUACCUAAGUGAACAAAGUUUAUUAUCUAAUCUACCAUAUCAUGUUUAUAUAACGUCAGCUCAGUGUUUCCUACUGUCUUUAUGGACAACUCAUUCAAAUAAUUCUCGAAUGGAGUCGAAUGGUUUUCUUCUUAACUUGAAUGAUUUAAAUAAAUGUCAUGAUUCAUUAUUGAAAGCAUGCAAACAAUUGGAAAGUGUUGCCUAUCGUUUAGCUGGUCAGCCAUUUACUAUGGAUUCACCGAAAGAGAUAUCCAAGGUUCUUUUCAAAUGGCUUCACUUACCUCAAAUAACUGAUCCCAAUGAUUUAAUAAUGAAUAGAAAACGUAAUCAAUCCUAUUUAUUGAAUGGGCGUAAUCGUUCAAGUCAUUUACCCAAAGCUACUAAUACACUUCUCUCUAAACUAACAAAUCUUCAUCCAUUACCAGCUGUUAUUAUGGAAUGGCGUCAUAUCAACGGUAUUUUAGAAAAAAUAUUUAAUUCAUUAGUAUCUACAUGUCGUCUUAUCCAUACAUCUAGUAUAGAGGAUCAGCCAUUACGUAUAUCACCUACAUAUGAUGUUUACACAGCCACUGGUCGAAUUAUAUCGAUUAUGCCUAAUUUACAAUCUGUUCCAAAAGAUAUUAUUAUUGAUUGGUCUAAAUUACAUUAUAAAUCUACAACAGUAGACAAUAACAAUCUUAAUAAUAAUUCAGAAAAAUGGACUUCACCAUUUGAUCAAAUAUUAAGUGAACUGCCUAAAUCGAUUGAAACUAUAAAACCACGUUGUGCCUUUCAUGCACCUGUUGGUGGUUUACUUAUUUCUGGUGAUUUUUGUCAACUCGAACUAAGAUUAUUAGCGUAUUUCAGUAAAGAUGUAGAACUUUUAAAACUUUUAUCAGUAGUGGAACAUUCGGGUCGAAUUGUUGAUCAAUCCAUUGAACCUAACUCAGAAUCAGAUGCAUUUAAAAAGUUAGCUGCCCAUUGGUUAAAUAUACCCCAACCAAAUCAAGUAACCGAUGUUCAACGUCAACAAGCAAAACAGUUAUGCUAUGCUAUUCUAUAUGGAAUGGGUUGUCAAACAUUGGCUAGUCAAUUGAAUAUAUCUCAGCAAAAUGCCCAAAAGUUAAUUGAUAGCUUUUUAAACACUUAUCCAGGUGUUCAAAAGUUUAUUACAACAACAGUUUUAACUGCUCAUCGUGAAGGUCAAAUUCAAACACUUAAUGGUCAUAUCCGUCUCCUACCUGCGUUAAACUCGAAAACGGUAUUUGACAGCGAUACACCUUAUGAACUCAACUGUAAUUGGUCGAAAAAACAUGAUUUACGGGAUCAUUUUGCUGUUAUUAAGGCUGAACGUCAAGCUGUUAAUAAUAUCAUUCAAGGAAGUGCAUCGGAAAUAGCUAAGAUUGCUAUGUUAGCAGUUGACCAAGCAAUUCAUUCAUCUAAUAUUCCCGGUUAUGCUCAUCUUGUCUUACAUGAACAUGAUGAAUUAAUCUAUGAAAUUUUUCCUGAAUCAUCCGUUAAACAAUUCGGCGCAUUAAUUCGACAAACAAUGUCUAAUACAAGUAAACAUUGCAAUAUCAAUAUCCCACUCCCAGUAAAAUUGAGAAUUGGUAAUAAUUGGUCUGAUUUAAAACAAGUUAAUUGGUGA